CUUUUUCUCUGUAGGAGGGCUUCAACGCAAGUGAUUUCAACAGUUCCUUUGUUAGCUUAGAGAUUCUUUCCCAAGUUUUAUAAUGGGUAAGGAGAAGGUUCACAUUAACAUUGUGGUCAUUGGCCAUGUCGACUCUGGCAAGUCGACCACAACUGGUCACUUGAUCUACAAGUUGGGUGGUAUUGACAAGCGUGUGAUUGAGAGGUUCGAGAAGGAAGCUGCUGAGAUGAACAAAAGGUCAUUCAAGUAUGCCUGGGUGUUGGACAAGCUUAAGGCUGAGCGUGAGCGUGGUAUCACCAUUGAUAUUGCUCUCUGGAAGUUUGAGACUACCAAGUACUACUGCACUGUCAUUGAUGCUCCUGGGCAUCGUGACUUUAUUAAGAACAUGAUUACUGGUACCUCACAGGCUGACUGUGCUGUUCUCAUUAUUGAUUCCACCACUGGUGGUUUUGAAGCUGGUAUCUCUAAGGACGGUCAGACUCGUGAGCAUGCUUUGCUUGCCUUUACCCUUGGUGUGAAGCAGAUGAUUUGCUGCUGCAACAAGAUGGAUGCUACAACUCCAAAAUACUCCAAGGCUAGAUAUGAUGAAAUUGUGAAGGAAGUCUCUUCCUAUCUGAAGAAGGUUGGUUACAACCCUGAGAAGAUCCCAUUUGUCCCCAUUUCUGGUUUUGAGGGUGACAACAUGAUUGAGAGGUCUACCAACCUUGACUGGUACAAGGGUCCUACCCUCCUUGAGGCCCUGGACUUGAUCCAGGAGCCCAAGAGGCCCUCUGACAAGCCACUCCGUCUUCCCCUUCAGGACGUCUACAAGAUUGGUGGCAUUGGAACUGUCCCAGUUGGUCGUGUUGAAACUGGUGUCCUUAAGCCUGGCAUGGUUGUGACCUUUGGUCCUUCUGGUCUGACCACUGAAGUUAAGUCUGUUGAGAUGCACCAUGAGGCCCUCCAGGAGGCUCUCCCUGGUGACAAUGUUGGGUUCAAUGUGAAGAAUGUUGCUGUUAAGGAUCUGAAACGUGGCUUUGUUGCUUCCAACUCUAAGGAUGAUCCUGCCAAGGAAGCUGCCAACUUCACCUCUCAGGUCAUCAUCAUGAACCACCCUGGGCAGAUUGGAAAUGGAUAUGCUCCAGUGCUCGAUUGCCAUACCUCCCACAUUGCUGUCAAAUUUGCUGAGCUCCUGACUAAGAUUGACAGACGAUCUGGCAAAGAGCUUGAGAAGGAGCCCAAGUUCUUGAAGAAUGGUGAUGCUGGAAUGGUGAAGAUGAUUCCCACCAAGCCUAUGGUUGUGGAGACUUUCUCUGAGUACCCACCUCUUGGAAGAUUUGCUGUGAGAGACAUGCGCCAGACUGUGGCUGUUGGUGUCAUCAAGAAUGUAGAGAAGAAGGAUCCAUCUGGUGCCAAGGUCACCAAGUCUGCUGCCAAAAAGGGUGGAAAGUGAGCUGUUUUUAGUGGGAUAUUUGGAUUUUGUCUUUAUGUUUCCAUCCAUUUUUAAUUUUGACUUGUGUCAGUAUUUUUGAACCUGGGUUACUUUCAUAGUUCAGCACUAUGGUUAAAUUCCUCUAUCUCUCUUAUGGUUCUGUUUUCUUUAGAUGGCUGCUGCCAUCCAAGUGAAAAGUUUUCAAUCACUGUUGAUUCCCUUGUGUUGACUGUCUCUGAUUUGAUUCCUUUGCUGUUCUCUGGUUGUGUGGAAAUGCUGUUUCCUUUUCUUUCUUUCUUUUUCGGUUUUUUUUUUUUUUUUGACAAGUGUAAUAGUUAGUAAGUUAAUAUAAGUUAGUUGUUAGC